CUCCUUCCCCAUUUCUGGGAAGUUUUAACUUUUGUGAUAAAUGCACGGUAUGGGUUUCUUAGUUGAAAUCAACUCAUAUUAAGCUUGCAAGUUCUGCUUCCUUCCCUCCCUAUAAAGAGGGCUCAUACUUAGCAUUCAACCUCACCAUUACUUCCAGUUUCUUUCAAGCUUCCUCACACUCUCCUCUUUUUACCCAAUCCUCUGUUUUCUCUUCAAAAGUUACACAAGGUUUUCUUUCUUUCUAAUCUCUGAAUUCAAAAAUGGCGAAAGGCAGCAUCACUAUAGAUGGUUGGCUGAGUUUAUUGAUUUGUUCACUUGUGAUGAAUGCUCAAGUCCAUGGCGAUACCCUCGCCCCUGUUACUAUUCUAGACAGCGCCAUCCCUAAAGGAGCAGUUUGCCUUGAUGGGAGUGCACCAGCGUACUCUUACGCUGAGGGAUCUGGAGACGGAGCUGAUAGUUGGAUCGUGUAUCUGCAAGGUGGUGGAUGGUGUUACAACCUAACCGAUUGCUAUAGCAGAUCACGUACAUAUUUAGGGAGUAGUCACUUUAUUGCUUCUCAAACCAACUUCUCGGCUUUACUGGAUUUAAAUUGCACAUCUAAUCCGGAUUUCUGCAAUUGGCACAAGGUUUAUAUUACUUACUGUGAUGGCUCAUCAUUUAUGUCAGAUAUAUUGGACUCCAAGACAAACCUCUCCUUUCGAGGUGCAAGGAUUUUCAAUGUUAUGAUGGAGGAAAUGCUUGCUAAAGGAAUGAGAAAUGCCAAGCAAGCUAUACUCACUGGGAGCUCAGCAGGUGGACUAGCUACUAUGUUACACUGCGAUAAGUUCCGGAAACUCUUCUCCAAUGCUACUCGAGUGAAGUGCAUUUCCGACUCUGGCUUUUUCCUUCAUGGAAAGGGUCUGCGUGGAAUCCAGUUCAGGGAAUAUUUUUACGGCUAUGUGAUAAAAACACAUGAGUUGGCCAAUUCUUUGCCUCUCACGUGCACAUCAAAGAGGAAUCCCAACUUGUGCCUUUUUCCUGAAUAUUUUGCUGGGGAUAUUGAGACACCACUCUUUAUACUAGAAUCAGCUUUCGAUCAAUUUCAGGUUGGAAGCGUAUUAGGCAGCCACAGCCACAAUUGCACUAGUAACCUAAUGAGCUGCAAUUCCACCGAACUAGGACUAAUGAGAGAUUUUCGAAGGACAUUAAUUGAGACAUUAGUGGAACUCAAGAACUCUUCAAAUAGAGGAAUGUUUGUUCACUCUUGUUAUCUUCAUCCCCACUUCGACUCACACGGGUGGUGGGCAAGCAUCUCUCUUGCAAAUAAAACAAUCGAAAAAGCCAUUGGAGAUUGGUACUAUGAUCGAAGCUCUGUCCGAGAAGUAGACACUCAAAAUGACUCACCACGAAACUGUACCAAUUCCCUUAGUCCCAAGUCGUUGAACAAGAAAUCUCUAGCAACACUGCCUCACAAUAGAUUCAGUUUUAUUUUCUUUUUCUUUUUUCUUCUUGUAUAUCCGCAUGUGCAGGUGUUUUUAGGGUAAGUUAUUAUCUUAUUCGGAAAACUGUGAUGAAUGGUUUAUGUGUAAUGAAAUGGAUUGCAGCUUUUCGAUCA